GGAAAAAGGAAAGGACACGACCCCAUUCCGCCCAAAGUGCUGCAAAAACUGCCGAAGCAGAACGACACGCAGGGAGGAAGUCGCCGGCUCUGCAUGCGGUUUCUAUCGAAUGCAGAGUGUGAUGCCGAUCGUCAUGAAGGAGCUCACGACCGCCGGGCCCACUUUGUUCCGAAAACGCUAGAUGCCUUGGUCAAAGCCGAGAUCGAGAAGCGCUUCGAUGGACUGAAGCCU